UCUCAUUCUCGCGAGACUGAGAAUCAACAUGGCUCGCUUCCAUAGAUUUCGCUAGCCAUUUUAGUGAAUUGAAAAAUCCAGAAAUCUCAGAGUUUGAGUUGUCUACUCGAAUUCCAAAUGACUCGACCAAUAAAGCAAGUACUGUAGCUACAUACAGUAACGGCUCUUCCAGGUUUCUUGCGUCUUUGUUAACCAGCUAGCUAGAUAACGUUAACUGAGUCUGCCAUCCAGAGCUACCCUUGUUUAGCUGUCUAGCUAUCUUGAUUUGCCUGGCUGCACUCUUCUUCACAGUCAUCAGUGUUUGUUUUAAGUGACAUCCUCCUCAUCACCACCCCACCUGAUUGGCAGCAAAGAAGUGCUCCUCUCCUUGGGACUCGGUGUAACCCUCCACCCUAUCUACCCCUGUUGCCCCCAGAGCAGGGGGUAAGGACACCACCAUAGCCACAAUGCUGGAGUCUGUAAGGAACACGUUUCACGCCCAGCUGGCCACCGUCAUGGACUCCCUGCUGGCGGCAGCGGUGUGUGAGAUCGCCAAAAUCUUUGAGAGCAGUCUGUGUGAGCAGCAGGAGGAGCUGACACAGAGAGGAGAGGAGAUCACAGGCCUGAGGGGGAGGCUGGAGCGGGCAGAGAGGAGGCUGAAGAAGGAAGGAGAGGAAGAAGAAGGAGAGGGCCUACUGGAUGUGGUAGAAGGACCGGUGAGAAAAACAGGAGGAGAUGGCAGCCCUAGGCAGCAGUCUGAACCAAGAGCUGGUUCAAGCUGGGAUUCGGAUGCGGCCUCUGAGACCCCCCCACUGGUCCAGGACAGCGGGUGUAAGAAGUCCCACAGGAUGAAAAAGGAGAGGACUGAGCUGGAGGGGUCCUCCAUCAAAGAAGAGCUUAAACAUUGCCCUCUUCCACAGUUCGAGGAGCCCCACCCUGCCCCUGUGGAGGGGGAGGGCCAAGGGCCAGGGAGGAGCUCUUCUGCUGGGGGUCAGAGGCUGGGAGAACCCUUGUCUGACACAACAGGGACCAAGGCAAAGUUAUCCCAUUGGGAGGGAGACCCCAGACCUCUUCAGAGCCAGAGCUCCACCUCCUUCUUCCAUGGCCCCCGGGUUGGACAUUUCUCUCCCAGACCCGACCACAGGUCUCCUGGGCUUGACCCCUGGGCCAGUGGGGUUCCUCUAGAGCUUCAGGAUCCAAGCUUCCUGGACCAGAGCCCAGACCAGGUACUAGAGCAGAGAGAGCCCCGACAGUCACAGGACCAAACCAACCAAUCCCAGAGAGGCCUGAGACCAAGAGACGACAGAGGGAGGGGCCUAGUUCAUCAGAACCGCUGGUCAUUGGCUGCUAAGGAUCCAGUCAGACCACACCCCAACACACACGCUCAGAAACACGCACAAGGUCACGCACACACACUGGGCGGGGCGAGACCCUACACUUGCCCGUACUGCGGCAAGAGCUUCAGCUACCCGUCCCACCAGCGCAGGCACCUGCUGCGCCACACAGGGGUGAGGAUGUACCCCUGCUUGGUAUGUGACAAGAGCUUCCUGACUCCGUCAGAGCUCACGGUGCACACCCGCGUCCACACAGGGGAAAGGCCGUUUGGCUGCACCCAGUGUGGAAAGCGUUUUGCCCGCAGCGGGAACCUCCGGGCCCACCAGAGAGACGUCCACCUGGGGAAGAGACCCUUCGUCUGCCAGGAGUGUGGCAAGAGGUUCGCCCACAGGGGCAACCUGAGGGUGCACUACCAGAGGGUACACCAGGGCCUGCCAUACCAUGAGGAUGAGUAUGACCAGGAUGGCAACGCUCUCCCUUCUACUGGGUAAAGGGUCAACAGGGUCACAUUCAGUAGGAGCUAAUGGGAGAAAACAUUUUAAAAUGGAAAAUGAGGGUUCUUACAGUGCAUUUGGAAAGUAUUCAGACCCCUUGACUUUUUCCACAUUUGAUUACGUUAUAGCCUUAUUCUAAAAUGGAUUAAAUUGUUAUUUUUCUCAAUCUACACUCAAUACCCCAUAAAUGAAUAAGCAAAAACAGGUUUUUAGAAUAUUUUGCAAAUGUAUAAAAAUA